CUGUGUAAAGUUGAAAACGAGUUUAUUGUCUUCCGUUUUUGUUCCCAACGGCUCCGCCAGUGAAUAAAAUAAAAUGAAACGUCACUCUCUAAAUGGAGAGAACUGAAUUGAAUUAAAUUGCAUUCGGGCUGAACGUGAAUUUGCGACCUUGUACCGCCUCAGCCAAUCGCCUUGUGAUCUGUUGUUACGGCCGGUGCUUCUGUUUACAUCUUAUCAACCGAUUACACAGUGAAUUCAGUCUUAGGAACGCCGCGGUUGUCGGCGUAUGCUUAUUAGAACUACAAAAAUAGAAUGCAAACGUCGUGUUGUGAUGUGAAGGCUCCGUGGAUUCGGUGCGAGUUGAGCUGACCUUCCAUCUGAGUAAAGACAUCGACCCACGCUGUCUAAUAAAGAGACUCCUACGCGGCUCGACCACCGAUACGAACUGCGUCGACUAAACAAUACAAUGAGCGAAAUUAUGAGAAAUACUAACACUGUCGUGUUGCAAACUUAAGCUGUGGACGUUUAAAAAUAAGUUAAAAGUGUUUAUUUGUUGAAAAUCUGUGCGAAUCACACGUCUGCGUGAGUCAAUGUGAAGGCGUGCGAAUUGUGUUUGCUACCGAAACUACCGAAUUCCGUCAACAACCAAGGCUACUGUGUACAAGGGUACAGAAACUUGCUGAUCUUCAACUCUGCAAACUGAAUGCGUUACAGUAACAGUCCAAAGAUGGCGGCUAAACAGUUAAACGUCCAAUAGGAAGGCAUGUUCUAGUCGGGGUGUGCGGAAUCUGUCAAAAUAAGGAAGUCAGCAGGGCUGCUGUGCUACAAAGUGAGGAUGGAUAAUAGUGACGUCAUCAUAUCAUCCACCGAGAUUAUAAAAGACAGACUUUAUUUCGCGACUUUGAAGAAUGGUUACAAGCCGAAAUCAACACGGAACAGCAAGUAUUUUCACAUCGAAGAUGAGAUUGUCUACGAAAACUUUUAUUUCGACUUUGGACCUUACCACCUCUGUCAUUUGUAUCAAUUUUGCAACAAGCUUAAUGAGGAACUGGAGAAGAAUCCGAAGAAAAAAAUUGUCUUCUUCACCAGCAACAAUGAGACCCUUCGACUCAAUGCUGCUUACCUUAUUGGGAGCUAUCAGAUAAUAUACCUGGGAUCAAGUCCGGCGGCGGUGUACAAGCAGCUGACAGAGGGAUCAGACUGGUCACUCCUGAACUUCCGCGACGCGUCCGGAGGUCCACCACUCUUCGAUAUCUCCCUCCUUGACGUGCUGCACGGCAUCAAAGUGGCUCAUGAUGCUCGCUUCUUUGAUUUCGACAAUUUUGAUGCCGAACAGUAUUUGUUUUAUGAGAAAGUCGAAAACGGAGAUCUGAACUGGAUAAUUCCUGGCAAAAUGCUGGCCUUCUCCGGUCCCCACCAUCAGUCGCGGCUGGACCGUGGCUAUCCGCUCCAUAGCCCUGAACACUACCACGCGUACUUCAGGAAACACCAUGUCACCACCAUAGUGCGGCUGAACAAGAAGUCUUAUGAUGCUCGCCAGUUCACCGCCCAUGGGUUUGAACAUCGAGAGCUGUUCUUCGUCGAUGGUUCCGUGCCUUCAGACCUUAUUGUGAAUCGGUUCAUAAGGAUCACUGAAGCCGCCAAAGGAGCUGUUGCUGUGCAUUGUAAAGCGGGCCUAGGUCGCACAGGUACCCUGAUAGCGUGUUACCUGAUGAAGCACCAUGCGUUCACUGCGCGGGAGUCGAUCGCGUGGCUACGCAUCUGUCGCCCCGGCUCCGUCAUUGGACAUCAGCAGUGGUUCUUGGAAAAUGUCCAACCUCGGAUGCACGCGGAAGGAGAGUCGUACCGGCGUCGCCACAACAUCACCUCGCUUCCAGUCUUCGAGCGAGGGAUCUACAGCGAGAUACCUGAAGUAGAGGAGAAGGUCCAACCGGCCGUGGACAACAAACCUGUGUCCUUGCAAACUAUACUGCAUACUAGCAAGAUCACUAAUAAUAAGUUGGACAACGCCAACGCUCUGAACGCGAACGAGCCUGACUCCGAGAACAACGUAACAACAGUCAUCGGCAAGUACAAGACCACCCCCACCCCGAUGCUCCCCACCAAGACAGUGUUCGCGCCCAAAAUGAACUACAUGAUGCCCACCAACAACAUCCGGAACGCCAACAACACCAACUUGAAGCAACCUCCGCGAAUCAUCAACUCCACCAUAAAAUCUCAUUAUGCAUCAAAGACUUCGACAUUUCCCCCAACUAGAAGUGCCAAUUCUCAAGCCAACAAACUGACGGGCCCCGUCAAACCCUUCACCGGUAAGAGCAGCUUCCACGGCCAACGAGCCAACCUCGCGCGCCCCGCCCUCGGGUACACUCACGGAACGAGCCCCCUCAAAACUUUUACCAGAAAAACCGUCAGUGUCAACAAAAUCCCCAACAACGACAGCGCAGUCGUCACAUCACUCAACAACGUAACUUCAACCUUAUCUGCACUCACAGAAAACUGCCAUUUAAAUGGCAAAAAUCGUCUCCCAUCUGAGCCAAAUCUCAAAUCUGUAGUGCAGACUAAACCUACUAAUUCAAAUCUAAACGCGCGAAAGAAACUAAUAGUCAGGUCCAACUCUAGCUCCCGUAAGAAGCUCCCAAAGAAUAAUUUGCCUAAAACUGGUCUCGAAUCUACGCAAGAUCUGUCUUCCAGUGAUACGAAUGUCACGAAUAUAUCCGCGGAUUCCCUGGAAACUCCGUUCAGGUUCAGGCGGAAACGGGACAAGUCGAGUAGCCCGGAGCCAAUGGACUGUAUCUCCAACUCUGUGAUCACGGCGGACGUCACCCCCGACAACUACGAGGAGACGAACAACUCCCAGGGAAACAAACUGUAUAAAAUCAAGGCGUUGCGAAAGAAAUGUCCCGCGUUCGGAGUCAGCUUGCUGAAGAAGGAGAGCGGCAUCCAGACCCGGUCGAGUAGUUGUGCCAGUAGCUCGACCGUCAAGAAGAAAUGAUCUCUGUGAAUAACCCCGACGAUUAGCGAGUAGUGUUCGUGUCUAGAUGUAUAGAGUUUUUGACGUUGUGCAUAGCACACGAUGAUGUUGUAAUGUAUGUAAUUUUUACGUUUGAUGAAUUUGUUUAGACGCUUCCUAACAAUUUUUUAACGAUCGACUGAACUUUUUUAUUGAACUCAUAUCAAAUUAAAAAAUAAUCUGCUGUAAAAGACACGCGAGUCUAAACAAAUUUAUCAAUGUUUUUGAUGUAUAGUUGUUAACGCUACUUGACCCCGUGGGAGCGAGCCUACUGUAAUCUCACUAGUUCUACUGUAACGCAGCGAGUGGCCGGUUGUGUGGCUGACAGAUACAUAUUUAUACGUUUGUUGAUAUACCUACGUUAUACUUUUGUUUAUGGCAUUUUGCGCUGUGGCAUAAUGCUUGUACAGCGCAUUAAAAUAGUGUUCACUGAAAGAUUUACACAUAGAUAUAUGGAACAUAAAUGCAUAUUAUAUUACAAUAGAUUUUACUAUAUAGAAUACAUAUAUCAAUAGUUGACUUUGAACAUUGUGCCUGUGUUAUGCAUCGCUAUUACUUGAGAGGAAAACUAUAAGAGAAAUCAGUUAAAUCAACAUAUUAUAGUGUGUUAAAAAAGAAAUAUUUUUCUAGUUUAAAAUUGAUAAGUGAUUACAAAAUGCCAUUUUCUUUAGCUUUUAUUGAGCCCUGUCUAGUUAAGUUGAAAUGUUACAUUUGGUUAUAUUAAAUAUGAUCAUUUUCUUUAUAUAUUAUAUACAAUUUCCUAUUUUAGUUACGUUGUAAGUCAUGUGCGUAUGUUCUCAUUUGUUUGCGUUAUUUCGUGUAUGCUUGAUGUACACUGAGACUUGGUUUGUGCAAUAUAUAUUAUAUAUAAACUAGUGGAAAUAUGACCUGAUAAUGCCUUGGAUAUAUUUACUAUGAGUACCCCGAAGUUCUAUACAAUUGAUAGAUUUUUAUUGAAAAUCAUUAUUGUAAUAUACAAUAUAUAAUGUGUUCUAAAAGUAUCUGCCACGGAUUUAAUGGGAGGUAGUGUUGUGUUUGAAGAUUACAAUAGUAAAUAUAAAAUAUUGAUUAUGAGUAAUUUUUAACUUAUACAAAAAAAAACUAUGUUUGAGUUUGUAAUGAAAGAGCUAUCUCUUUCACUGUCUCUGUCGCAUCAUCAGUGAAAACAAUUGCUAUUAAUUGUUUUCAUUGACGUAGCUACGCGUAGUGCGUAUCUAUGAAAGACUAUGCAAAGUAGAGUCAAUGUUUAUUUAACUUCUUUAUGUUCUCAGAUUUAAUUAACUGGUCCGAGUACAAAAUUUCUUCACUACUGUAAUCUUCAAACACAACACUACCUUCCGUUAAAACCAUGGCAGAUAAUUUUAGAACACCUUAUAUAAAUAUAAUUUUAUACAGCAUAUUAUCUUAGUGUGCAUUAAGCGAAGUAUAUGAGGGUUAUGUAAGAUAGUGGUCACAAAUGUCGAGUGAGGGUAGCUUCGUAACAGUAACAACUUGUUAACGUUAGUUGUAGACGUGUAAAGUGUUUUUACGUUUUAGGUGAAACUAACUAUUAUACUAUAGCAAUCGUUUAGUCACAAAACUACGCAGUAGCGGUGAAAAUAUAACUUGUUAUUAUCAAAUUAUAAUGUCUUCUGCCCACGACUGUAUGUGCAAUCCCGUUUCUUCCCUGUUUGCGUAGGGUUUUAUUUAUUUUGCAAAUAGGUUACAAUGUAACUCUUUUACACGUCAUUCUCUUAAAUAACUAGAUGAGGCCGGCAUUUCCUAUCGGACUACUCUGAGAAGAAAUGCCGAAACAAACUCAGAGGUCAUAAGGUCUCUUUUAAAGUCCAGACAAAAUCAAUUAAAGAUGUCGGAGAAAAUGAUGCGGAUAAAAAGUAUCCUAUGUCCGUCUCCUGGUUCUAAGUUACCUCCCCUACACCUCCUUUAGCUGUUUUUGAGUUAUAAAUAGUAUAACUAACUCAUUUUUUUUUAUAAAUAUAUUUUGCUAACAUCACAAUAACCUCUGCCUAACUCCUUGGGGUAUAAAACUCCUGAUUUGACCACGUAAAGGUAGCACUUUUUAUCAUAUUAGUUUAAAAGAUUUUCAAUUAUAUUAUCUAAUACUGAGUUUAUAAUUUACAAUAGUGUGUAAGGCCGCGUUUCCACAGACGCGGAGCUUAGCGGUGCACGAAUUGACCAAUCACUAUGCUCGAAAUCUCCGCUCCGCUUCAAUGGAAAAGAUUUCGAGCAUAGUGAUUGGUCAAUUCGACUUAACUCUUUUACCCAAUGAUUCUUUUCUAUACAAGCUUUUUUUGUUAUUUAUUUUAUACUAUAACUAUAAUUCUAAUUAUAUUGCUUGUUGUAUUGUAUGUUAUUAUAUUCAUGGUUCUAUAUACAUAUAGCAGUUAUAUUUUUACCGUUACUGUUAAAAUAUUGAGCCUAUCAGAAAGUUCCGUGAAACUGUACGAAUUUACAGUGUCAUAUCAGAUUUGUACAUGCUUGUCUAGUGUUGUGCUAGCCUACUGUGUGGCACAGCGUUACGCGCUUUCUGUCCUACUAUUUUUGCGCUUUGUUAUCGAUUUAUGAUCGAUUAUCGAUAUUUUUUAAUCGAUAUCCUUCGUAUUUUUGCUGUCAUAGUUGUUUCGAUGCCAAUAGACCGAUGAAAAGAGUAAGAAAUGAGAAUUAGUAUUCUUUAAUUAAAUCAACAUGUUUAAAUUUUCUAUGACUAUAUUCAUAGAAAUUUCCUAAACCUAUACUUUCUAUUCAAAUUUGAUAUUUGUCAGUUAAACACGAUAUUCCUAGAAUGUAUCUUCUUACAGGGAAUCCUAUAUAAAAGUGAUGAAGCACGUUUUAAAUCGAUUAAUAUCGAUAUCGAUUAUCGAAUCAAAAAUCGAUACAUAAGCGCAAAACUAAAAUAGCAUAGUUCAUAACUGUUGAAUUCUGAAGACUGUUUGUCUAUGCCAUUAUCAUAAUAGUAUUAUUUAAUGAAUCUGUACUUACAGUUUAAUGACUAUUUCCACUAAUAUGUUGACUAAUUUUUACUUUGUAGUCUAAAUGUUUAACCGUUCCAGUGUUUUAUAGUUAUUUUCUCACGCUUUGUUUCUUGUUCACAAUCAACGGCAGGUUUCAACAAAAUAUCCGGAGCUACGGUUAACCUAACAGGUUACCGGGGCUCCGGCUCUAAACCGAAGUAGAAACGGAGUGGUUUUUUUACCAGUAAAAGUCUGACACUCCCUCUCGUCUCAUCCAAGGCGGGAGAAGUCAUUGGAUGACUUUUUCUGCAGAUUUACUUACUAAAGACAGAAUUUUGUUAUAAGAUUCAUACAAAUUAUGUCAAAAUUCUAUCUCUAGAUAAGCAAAUACUAAUAAAAAUUACUUAAACCAGCCGUAAAAUAAAUCAGUUGUACCUUCAUAGAAAUGCUUCCUUUCCCUGUGCCAUUUUAUAAAAUAUUUUUCAAUAUAUCAUAUUGUAAUAUUAUUGAUAAAUAAUCAAGUUGAAUUGUAAGUACAGUGUGCAAUUACAGUACCGAUACGCUUAAGUGGUGCGGCAGCUAGGGAUGGCGACUUCGUUUUAUAAGUUAUCGAUAAAAUCAUUGUUUUUGUCUAAUAAACUAUCGUGUCUACUAAAUUAAUUGUUAAUAACAGGCUUAGUGAAGUAAUUGAGAAAGGCUCUACUGUUUUCUACUCGGGAAUUUGAGUCCCGCUGUGACUUGUAAUCAGUAGAGACUUCCUCAAUUAGUUUACAUGAGUAAGCUGUUAUUUUCAAUUAAUUUAGUGUUUUGUUGUACUGCUGUAUAAUAUGUUAUAUGUUUAUUAUUGUCACUCUUAUUUCGUAAAGGGUUAGCGCUGACGGAUGAAGUGGCAGCAAUGAGUAAUUUAGUAUCGUGAAGCCAGUAUCUCACUCGCGCGGAUUGCUUACCAUCAAAUGAUCCGUCUGCUCGUUUCUCGCUUAUCCUACAUAGAAAAACUAAGCGGCGUGAGAGUAUCGAUUGGUAAAAUGAAAAGAAAAACAUUCACGAUCUCUUUUUCGGCUCUUGCAAUUUAAAUUCGAAUCUCAGUCGUAUUCUUUAACAUUAUAAGGUUGAAUUUAAAUUGUUACUGGAUUCUUUCUUCGUCGCCACUGUGUUUAUCGGCGCUGGCUCUAAAGUAUUCAUUCAUGUAUAUAAUUUAUCACUGCAAUAUAUAUAAUAUAAUUGUUAUUUUUUAAAGAAAUUCGAUAUACACCAAUAUGUUAGCAGCAUGUUUUAUACAUAUUAUAUUGUUUGUAGUGUCUUGGAGCCAUUACAUAUUAAGAGGGUUAUUUAUACACAUUAUUAGAAGCUUAUAAGUUUUCUAUAUAAUAAUAAUAUGUGGUUUUAUACCAGUAACGUAGCUUAAACACACUAACGCGCGAAUACUGAAACGCUACUCAAUUUUAAGUUGUACUUAAAUAUCGUACUAUCUCUGUCAUUUUAUAAAGAAUUGAUAGUGACAGAACUACAUUUGAGAGCGUCUUAAAAUUGAGUAGCGUUUGAGUAUUUGGACAUAACUGCCGUACUCAGAGACAUUUAAUGGGCAAUUAACAUAUUAGAAGCCAUGUCGGACAAUGCUGACCGACACUAGUGGAGCAACCUUUAACAGUUUUGGCAGUGAAAGGCUUAACCCAGUCCUUAGCAAUUGUUUUCGGAACAAAAUCGUUACUAAGGAAUAGUUUAAAUAAUCAUUAAAUGUCUCCAACUACGGUAGUAAAUGUUAAGCAAAAAUACUACUUUUAAAUUAAGUGAAAUUAUAAUUUUAAUAUGUAAUUGAUUCUUAUAAUAUUUUUAGGUUUUGUAAGUCAUAUAAUGACUUCGAAUUUUUCUUUAUACGCCUAAUGAAAGUCACAUGAAAGUAAUUUCUAGUCUUCAAGCACUAAGGGUGAUUUUUCCAUAGCAUUCAGUGUAUAUUUUCCCAGUAAACUGAGUCGAAAAUAAACCAGUUAAGAACUAAACUAGUCUUUAUUAGUAAUGGCUCUAUUAUGUAUUUUUUUUAUUAUAUAAAAGGUAUAUAUUUUUAAGUCAUAAGGUCUAAAAUCAACGUGAUAAUUGGCUAGUUUUGUUGUGUUUGAUAUUUAAUUAAUUUAAUAUAUUUUGUGUUACAUAUUAGGUAAUGUUUGUUGAAAUUAAUUGUUGAUUAGAAUAACGAAUUUCGAAAUUAUUAUUUGGUUUUUAUGGAUAAAAUACAUGAAAACUAAGUUUUUCUAUUAUUGUAAUCGGCUUUGAAAUAUCAAGAAAUUAUAAAGUUAUCGACCUUAUGACUAAAAACUGCAAUACAGCAAUCAUAAUUAUCAUUUGUUAAAUCACAAUUUAUAAAUGAGUCAAAUUAUAAAUUUGGAUUAAUGGGAUUAUGUUGAAAUUAUAUAAUUGUAUUGUAAUUUAUAAUAUUUUGAUUUAUACAUUUUUUUUAAUAUCUAUUAUUCCAAAUUUAUAAUUGUAAUGUUUUUAAGAGUUGUAUUUUUAUUGAAGAGAUUUUUAUAGUAUGGUAAUACUUUGGUGCGCAAGAGUGGACAGGAUCUAGGGACCAGAGCGUUAUAGUGUUACAAAAUAAAAUGUUUGUAAUUGUUUUGCUGUUGCCUAGAUAUAGUUUAAAAUAUUAAUUAUGUUGUGAUCAUGAGAUUUAUAAUCUACUAAUAGUGCACUGGACUAUUAUAUAGUUAUAUGUAUAUAACUGAAACACCAUUCCUUCAUGGUGUAUGCUUGUGCUUAAUAAAAUUAAAAAGAUAUAUUCCAAUUUG